GACUUUGCUGCCUUUGUAAGCAGUGUGACUGGUUUGACAGGGAGCAGAUUGCCAGCGGUUGCCCUAUUCACAUUGGACAAGGAAGCGUGGUGGCCUGUGUCCCCCUGAGGAAGGGGGUGGAGUUCUCCUCUUGUGGUUUUCAUACUUGGAUGUCUCAGUGCUAAGGUGCUGGAAACCUUCUGGGCAUUCUGCCUGCCAGUGGCAUGAAGAGUAAAAAUGCAACGGAGGAAAAACAAGGAAGAUGACGGCUUGAUCACAAACGAGGAAAGCCACCAAGAGUUUGGUUAUGGGAGUGUAAAGAAGAGUUCUGAGCAAAAGGAUUCAAUUUAUGGAACUGUUGUAUUUCCUGAGAAGACAAUAAAGUUGUCUGAAUAUGAAACCCUAGGUGAUGACACUGAGCAGAAGACACUAGGCAUCAGAAGAUCUGAGUAUUAUUCAGUGGAAGACAGGCCAGGGGGGCUACCCAUGACCUCUCUUCAGAUCCCACAGUCGAAUAAACAGAUACCAUUGGGCCAUGCUGGAAGGAGCACUGUGAACCUCUUCAAUGAUGAGAAAACCAGGAUAGACUUCAUCCUUGUAUGGGAAUCUGAUCACCAGAAUUUGGAAGGAGAAGGUGAAGACACCGAGACACCAAAAUCUAGACAAAGGAAAUCCAUGGAGUUGCAUAGGAUCUGGCGAGAGAGGUUUCUAAAUAAACUCCAGAUGGCAGGGCUCAAAAUGGAAAAGCACGUAUCCCAAAAUACAAAGAAGUUAGUACACUUUAUAUUGUUAAGUGCACCCUGGAGCGUACUUUGUUAUUAUGCUGAAGAUCUGCGGCUGAGGGUUCCUUUACAGGUUGUGCCCAACCAGGACGUCAGUAACUGGUCCCACAGGAUUCUGAUGAAACUGGGCAUCCCUAACCUGCUUUAUGAUGAAGUUCCUGACUUUCCUGUGGAUUAUUAUACCUGUCAUUUUAUGGCAAAUAAGUUACAUAGGUUUCUGGGGAGCAAUAACCAAGAGACAUUCUUCAGUAGCACACAACGGCACAGAAUACUCUAUGAGAUCCUGGCCACUACAUCAUAUGGUGACCCCAAAACAGGAGAGGUUGGAAUAGAAAGGCUGAUGAGUGAGGAGGUCUUCACAGCUGCAUUCCCAAUGCAUGAUGGUUCCUACAAGAUACCAUCAGAAGAAAUGGUCCCCCCUCAGUUGACUCAGAGGCAGAUUCUUUUCCACUAUUGGGCCCAAUGGUGUAAAUGGAAGAAAUAUCAGCCUUUGGACCACAUCCGGAGGUACUUUGGGGAGAAGAUUGCUCUCUACUUUGCCUGGCUUGGUUUCUACACUGGGUGGCUUCUACCAGCAGCUGUCGUAGGAACACUGGUCUUCAUAAUAGGCAUCUUUAUGAUAUUUAAUGACAUCCCUACGCAGGAGAUCUGUACCAGUGGUGGUGACUAUCAGAUGUGCCCACUCUGCAAAGUCUGCCCUUACUGGAACCUUUCCACCAUCUGCCCAAUGUUUCAGGCUGGCCGUCUCUUUGAUCAUGGUGGGACUGUCUUCUUUAGCAUCUUCAUGUCUCUGUGGGCAGUUACGUUCCUUGAGUAUUGGAAGCGAAUGAAUGCGACUCUGAAUUAUCGCUGGGAUUGUUCAGAUUUUGAAGAUAUUGAGGAGCGUCCACGGCCACAGUUUACAGCCAUGGCCCCGAUGACAACACUCAAUCCAAUUACUGGAGAGGAGGAACCUUAUUUCCCAAAGAGAAAUCGUUUCAAAAGAAUCGUGGCUGGAUCAACAGUAAUCAUUAUGAUGAUUGCUGUGGUGGUGAUGUUUCUGAUUUCCAUCAUUCUUUACCGAGCCAUCAUUGCUGUAGUUGUGUCCAAAUCUGGAAAUUUCCUUGUUGUGGCUUCGGCUUCUCGUAUUGCUAGCCUCACUGGCUCAGUUGUGAACCUCAUCUUCAUUCUCAUCCUCUCCAAAAUCUAUAUUGCACUGGCACGUUUCCUUACCAGGUGGGAGAUGCACCGUACCCAGACCAUGUUUGAAGAUGCCUUCACCUUUAAAGUGUUUGUCUUUGAGUUUGUCAACUUCUACUCCUCUCCUAUCUACAUUGCCUUCUUUAAAGGCAGGUUUGUAGGCUACCCUGGUCACUACACCAAACUUCUGGGCAUCCGCAAUGAGGAUUGUGGUCCAGGUGGCUGUCUCAUUGAACUUGCCCAGGAGCUGCUGGUCAUCAUGGUGGGAAAGCAAGUAAUUAACAAUGUGCAGGAAAUCGUCAUACCGAAGUUGAAAACAUGGUGGCAUAAGCGAGACCAACCAAGGAAUAAGAAGGGUCAAGAACAUCUCAUCCAGCAGCUUUGGGAGUGUGAUUAUGAGCUGCUGCCCUAUGAAGGACUCUUUAAUGAAUACUUGGAAAUGGUUCUGCAGUUUGGCUUUAUUACCAUCUUUGUGGCGGCCUGCCCUCUGGCACCUCUUUUUGCCUUGCUUAACAAUUGGGUGGAAAUUCGCUUGGAUGCCCAGAAGUUUGUUUGUGAAUACCGGCGCCCCGUGGCAGAGCGAGCUCAAGGCAUUGGCAUCUGGUUCAAUAUUCUGGAGGUCAUCACACACUUGGCAGUCAUUAGCAAUGCCUUCUUGAUUGCCUUCACGUCUGACUUUCUCCCUCGGCUAUAUUACCAAUACACUCGUGACAGCAAUUUAGAGGGCUACAUUGAUUUCACCCUGGCCUAUGCUCCUAAAUCUUAUGUUGAAGAGCACAAUGUCACAUGCAGGUACCGAGCCUUUCGAGAACAAAGUGGCAGAUAUUCACUCGCUUAUUGGAAUCUAUUGGCAAUUCGUCUUGGUUUUAUCAUUGUAUUUGAGCAUGUGGUUUUCUUCAUUGCACGCAUGAUCGAUAUGAUGGUGCCUGACAUCCCGGAAGUGGUGGAAAUAAAAGUGAAACGAGAGCAAUAUCUAGCUAAACAAGCUCUGGCUGAAAAUAAGGCCCUCAUUGAGGUGAUAGAUGUGAGAAAUCCAACCCCUCCAGUGGAAAAAGCACCAUAGUGGCAGACCCAAGGACCAGGCAAAGCAAUUACAUUUUCUCCAGGCCAAUGGAUGAAGUUUUUGGAGAAGCAAACUUCAGAGGUAGAAGAAAAAUCAGGCUGGCCUUGCUUGUACAAUAAUGUCAGUUUCCCCAGUCUGAUGGGCUCUAUUUGCCGUAUUUGUAGAACUGUAUUCAAAACAUUUUAAGACCUUGGGAAUUUCACCUGUCAACAUAGCUGCCAAAGUCUUUGUGAAGAAAGGUUGCAUGGUAGUGAAAGUAAGAAACAGAUUAUGACCACAGAUUAAACCAACCAGCCUAGCAGACAACUUUUCAGUUGCCCCACUCCUUCACUACCAUCAAACGAAGAGGUUCUUCCACAGCUAUUUAUAAAAAUAUUGAAGU